AUUCAGACAACAAACAAACAAACAAAAAGAUCUGUAAUUUUUUUCGAAAUAAAGAACAAUUUUCCUUUUUUGCACAAACAGAGUUACAUUUUUAAUUAUAAUAAUUCAUAGUUAUUUGUAAGAAAAAAAUGGCUUCCUCUAGUCCUCGUACUGUUGAAGAGAUCUUCAAAGACUACAACGCUCGACACUCCGCUCUUGUUCGUGCUCUCACUUGUGAUGUAGAUGAUUUCUACUCGCAAUGCGAUCCAGAUAAGGAGAACUUGUGUUUGUAUGGUCACCCGAAUGAGGCAUGGGAGGUAGCUUUACCUGCAGAGGAAGUUCCACCUGAGCUCCCUGAGCCGGCCUUGGGCAUUAAUUUUGCAAGAGAUGGGAUGAACCGCAAAGACUGGCUUUCGCUGGUUGCUGUGCAUAGUGAUUGUUGGUUGCUCUCUGUGGCUUUCUACUUUGGGGCUCGACUUAAUCGUAAUGAGAGAAAGCGAUUAUUUAGCAUGAUAAACGAUCUUCCCACCAUCUUUGAAGUUGUUACUGGAAGGAAGCAGGUCAAAGACAAACCCACAGUAGAGAGCGGAAGCAAAUCACGAAAUAGCACUAAGAGGUCACUCGAUGGGCAGCCGAGAAACAAUCCUAAGAUAGCUGAUAAUAGUUACGAGGAGGAUGAAGAAGAGCAGGGUGAUACCUUUUGUGGGAUCUGUGGGGGAGGAUACAAUUCCGAUGAGUUUUGGAUUGGUUGUGACAACUGUGAACGGUGGUACCAUGGAAAGUGUGUGAAGAUAACACCAGCGAAGGCAGAAAUGAUUAAGUUUUACAACUGUCCUUUGUGCCAAAAGAAGGUAAGGCAAUAGUCAUCAAUGGAGGGAUUAACCCCGAUUGGUUUUAUUCACCGAUGUUGUUGUAAAGCAGCUAUGGGCAAAUGAGUGCGUAAUUCUGUUGUUACUGGCCUAUCCUCCCUAGAAUCGCAAGCCAUUCGCUUCGGUUCUUUAGGUACAUGAAUAACAUGUAGUGGCAUACAAAAUGAAUGAUGCAUAGGCUUUACGUUUGUGUUCGGUUUUCAUAUUUUGGAAUUGAGUGGAUACUUAGUUGCUUUUAUGUCCAAAUGACUGAUCCAAUUCCCAAUCGAUUAGGUUUUAUGUACAAGAGAAACAUCUAUCAUGUCCAGUUUAAAUACUUUCUCUUUUCCCCUA